AAUACACACACAUAGAAGAUAACCAAGUAUGCAAUCAAACAAUACCAAAGUGUAAGAGGAGAGAAAAAAACAUGUCUGAUAAAAAUUUACCACAACGUCCAGAUGAACCAUUGUGCAGCUAUUAUCAAAUAACAGGAAACUGUAAUAUGAAACAAAACUGUAAAUUCCAUCACCCAAAGAAUAUAAAGCCGAUAGAGCCUAAGUUAGUUCUCACUGACAAUGGCUUACCGUUGAGACCUAAUAAAGCCAUUUGCCCCCAUUACAGUCGCUUCGGUCUCUGCAAAUCCGGUCCAAGAUGUAAAUACGACCAUUCUACCAGACCAUCAUCCUCAGGUCCCAGAUGAUGGAAAAGAUGAAACUGAUCUUUCAUAUUUUCAUUUUUAUUCUAAAUAAUAUUAUAACAUAUGCAAAAUAUUC